AUGAAUCACCUUCUUGGUCUUGGAAAAAAGUUUGAAGAUGAUGAGUUGAACAUCAAAAUCCUCAACUAUCUUACAAGAACUUGGGAACCAAAGAUCAUAGUGAUCAAGGAAUCCAAUAACUUGGCAUCAAUGUCGAUGGAAGCUCUCUUCGGAAAAUUUCUUGUGUGUGGACAUAAGUUGAUUCAACAAUCUCAUGCAGAAGAAACAGAAAAGAAAAGAAAAGGAAUUGCACUCAAAGCUAACUCUUCAAAGGAAGAUUACAAAGAAAGUUCCAGUGAUGACGAAGAUGUAGAGAAUUUCAGCUUAAUGGUAAAGAAGUUUGAAAAAUUUCUCAAAAGGUCCAAAGACAGAAAAAUCUUUAAACCUUCAAAGAAGAUAGAAAACAACAACAACACCUUCACGUGCUUCAAAUGUGGAAAGCAAGGUCAUAUCAAAUCUGAAUGCCCUAUCUACCUUAAAAAACAAAUUGCUGAAAAGAAAGGAAAGAAGAACAAAAAACAAAAAAAGGCCUACAUAGCUUGGGAAGAUUAUCCAUCCACAUCCUCUGAUUCUUCUAGUGAUGAAGAAGUUGCAAAUGUAUGCUUGAUGGAAGAUUCAAUGGAUGACUCAUCAACCAUUGAAGAAACUGAGGUAAAUUCUAAAUUUGAAGAAGUUUUGGAAGCAUUUAAUGAAAUGCAUGAAGAAGCUCAAAGGCUUCCUGUUUUAAACAAAAAGCAGAAAAGCAAUCUAAAACUGCAUAUCACUAAAUUGGCUUCAACACAAAGUGAACUGGAUAAAUUGAGGCAAGAAAAUGAAAAACUUGUUUCAAGCCAUAAAGCCGUUGGUUGUGUUUGUACCUCUACUUCUCUCAAUAUGGAUGAGUACAAGUCUUUGCAAACUGAGUUUGAAGAUUUCAAAAAGGAUCACUAUGUAAAACGUAUAAAGUUGAAAAUGGAGCUUUCCUAUCUUAAAGAUCUUUUUAGAAAAUUGAACAAAGGAAAGAGUGAUCUUAAUCACUUGCUCACUAUGCAAAAGCAUACUACUGAUAAGACUGGUUUGGGGUAUAACAAGCAAACUACCUUUUAUAAGAAAACUAAGUUUGCAUCCUCCAAAAGGGUGAACCCAAACAAGGUCUCCAAAAAGAAGAACAUAGUGCAUUCUAAGCCGAAUGUAAAGACCUAUCAUUAUUGCAUGAAAAGAGGACAUACAUCUUAUAAAUGCUAUGUUAGCAGAUUUGACGUUCCUAGAGGUGUGCUAAAAGCAAAGAUCUCAGUAUGGUACUUGGAUAAUGGUUUAUCUAGGCACAUGAUGGGUGACAAGUCCAAACUUACUGACUUUGUGUCAAAAGAAGGAGCAUAUGUCGCUUUUGGAGACAACAAGAAGGGAAAAUUAUGGGAGAAGGAAACAUUGAAAAUCAGUACAAAGACAUAA